UCGCGAGAUUUGUACGAAACGUGUUUCCGGGUUACACAUGCAAGUGUGAAUUCUUGUGCCCUUGUGGACUUCAUUGCAGCAGCAUCUGACUCGUAGUAGCUUGGAAACAUGCUGGUGUUAACAAAUAGAAUAAAGUUGUUUUCUCUGGCGUUCACCGCCGCUCGUAUGUGCAGCAGCGGGGCUGCAGCUGCCAACAAUAACCCAACAGUUUACUUUGACAUUGCUGCAGACAACGAGCCUCUCGGCAGGGUCACGUUUGAACUCAACGCAGACGUUGUUCCCAAAACAGCAGAGAACUUCAGGGCCCUGUGCACUGGGGAAAAUGGUUUUGGUUACAAGGGAUCAACUUUCCACAGGGUGAUCCCUCAGUUCAUGUGCCAGGGGGGCGAUUUCACAAACCACAAUGGAACAGGAGGGAAGUCCAUCUAUGGCUGGAAGUUUCCAGAUGAGAACUUCAAACUGAAGCACACUGGACCUGGGAUCCUGUCAAUGGCCAACGCUGGACCAAACACAAAUGGAUCCCAAUUCUUCAUCUGCACUGCUAAGACAGAAUGGCUGGAUGACAGACAUGUUGUCUUUGGCAGCGUGAAGGAGGGACUGGAUGUGGUCAAGAAAGUGGAGACCUUUGGUUCACGGUCCGGCAGAACCUCCAAGAAGAUCACUAUCACAGACUGUGGAGAACUUCAGUAGACUCCACCUGCUUCGUCAUCUUCUGCUGUAAUUUCAACUUGAGGCUCUCAGUGAAAGAGACGCAGUCUUCAGUCACUGCCAUACGUCUCUGCUGACGGUAAAAAAAUUCAAGGCACCGUCAACAAGCGCACGUAACCGUGUGCUGCGAAACAAAUGUGAAAUGGACGCCACAGUGCUGUAGGAUGAAUGUCCUUGUUUUUAAUGUGAUCUGCUCGGUGAUUUGUGUUGUUAUUCAUGAUCCAAAUGUCAAAACAUCCCUGACAGGAAAAAUCUAAGUUGCCAAACAUAAACCUUAUGAAUUAAAGAUGUGACUGUUCA